AUGAGUGAAAAGAUGACCAAACUGAUGAUAGUAAAUGAUGAACAAGAAAAUAUUGUCUCUCCUUUACUUCAAACAAAACUGCCCGUUCAUAAUAAUAGUGUUAUUAUUGAAUCUACACUAUUAGAUUCGAAUGUUGAUCAUCAUCAAUACAAUUUAUUUGUGAGUACUAAACAAGUAAAAAGUCCAAUUGAAAAUUUAUCUAAUAACAAUGACUUCAAAUCAGCAACAAUAUCAUUUGAUAAUAUUAAUUAUACGAUUGGUGAUAAAGCAAUCAAAGGUGCAUUAAAUACUCGAUGGACAGCAGGAAUAUUUCCAUUUUGGAAACCGAUACCAAAAAAACAAAUCCUUACUAAUGUUUCGGGCAUUUUUACUCCUGGAAUGAAUGCUUUAUUAGGACCGACAGGUUGCGGUAAAUCAACUCUACUUGAUAUUCUCGCAGAUCGAAAGGGUAGUCGAGGAUUGUCGGGAAAUGUUCUUGUAUCCGGACAACCUCGUCCUUCUUAUUUUAAAUAUAUUAUUGGCUAUGUUACUCAAGAUGAUAUCAUCAGUGAAACAUUGACCGUCCGCGAAAAUCUUUUAUUUUCAGCAAAUGUUCGUUUACCAUCAUCAAUAAAAGCCAAUGAACGAAUUGAUCGAGUCAAUCAAAUUAUUCAUGAUUUAGAUCUUCACUCAUGUGCUGAUACUCUUAUUGGAACUGAUUUUGUCAGAGGUGUAUCAGGUGGAGAAAAAAAAAGAACAAGCAUCGGAAUGGAGUUAGUCCUUUCGCCCAAUGUUCUUUUCUUAGAUGAGCCAACUACAGGACUUGAUGCGUGUACAGCACAAAAUGUUAUGGCUUGCUUACAUAAAUUAUCUAGACAAGAACGUACAAUUAUUUUUUCUAUUCAUCAGCCGCGUUAUUCAAUAUUUAAAUUAUUUGAUACUGUUCUUUUUCUGUCUGCUGGUCAUAAUAUCUAUUUAGGUCCAUCUACUGAGGUUUUACCUUAUUUUGCUUCGAACGCUUUUAACUGUGAAGAACAUGAUAAUCCCGCAGAUUUUGUUCUUGAUAUAUUGAUUAAAUCGAAUAAUUCUUCUUCGAUGACACUUCAAACAGCAUAUCUUCAUUCCACAAUGUAUUCCUAUAAUUCCAAAAUGAUAAAAAAUGAAAUCCAUCAAAGUAAAGAUAGCGAUGACUACAUGUUAAAAUAUGAUGUUUCUCGACCUUAUCCAAGUGAAUUUCGUUGCGUUGCACAACGAACGCUUUGUAAUGUUUUAAGAAAUCCGGCAUUAGUUACAUCUCAAAUUAUCAGUGUUAUUAUAUAUGGCUUAUUUACAGGUUUAAUCUUUAAUAAAUUAGAAAAAACAGUUGAACCAGGUGUAUACAAUCGUUUUGGAGCUAUUUUCUUUAUAAUAUCUUGUCAAGUACUUGGUGCAACGAGUGCAUUAGAACCAUUAAUCAAAGAGCGAGCACUUUUUAUUCAUGAAAAUGUCAGUGGUUACUAUCGAGUGUCAAGCUUUUUUCUUGCUAAAAUAAUUGUUGAUCUUCCUUUGGUUCAUAUUAUUCCUUCUAUGAUCUAUACAAUCAUAACUUUUUUCUUGACGGGUCUUCGUCAAUCAAUUCAUCAUUUUUUCAUUUUUCUCAUAACUAAUCUUAUGGCAAAAAUAUUUGGUUCAGCAAUGUGUUAUUGUGUUGCUGCUAGUACUUCAACUUUAGGUGUUGCUCUUGUUAUGAUCAUAUGUGGUUAUGUCACUAUGAUGCUUUUUAGUGGAUUUCUUAUUGACCUAACAAGUAUCGUUGAGUUUCUUCGAUGGAUACGAUGGAUAAGUGUUUUUCGUUAUUCCUCCAAUGUAUUAGCAAUCAAUGAAUUUCGAAAUUUAACUUUAUGUUAUUCAUCUGACAUUGACACAUGCUUCAUCAAAGGUGAAGAUAUUUUAUUUCGACGUCACAUUUCCUACGCAACAACUUGGGACCUAUGGCUAAAUAUUUUGGCGAUAUUCUUAAUAGCUAUAGGAUUUUUUAGUAUGGCUUAUAUUCAGUUGCUACGCAUAAAAAAAUUUAAAUAA